UAUUUUUCAAAUUCCUUUUUCCGUUUUCGAUUUCUGUGAGCGGUAUGAUCGGCUGUGGGAUUAUCUGCAAGGCUGAGAUAUGGGAGUUGACGAUAUGGCAACACUGGUUCUGUUCGUUCCCGCUACGUCUCACCCUUUGACGAACAGCGAAGAGAGUGACGAUACUGACGAUAGUGGCGCAGCAAAACAGAGAGUUUUAGACGCAUAUUCCAUGCUCUCGUGGGUCUUUUUACGUGAUUCGCCCGUUGGCAGUUGACAAAGAAAAUAGAAUAUUACGGUUUGUUGUUGUAAACAAUAAGAUCACAGCCAUUUGAGGGGCGUUGAUAUCUCGACGAGAUCGGAGGCUCGCACAACGCGGAAUUACUUCCGCAACAUCUCCAAUCUAUCCAGGAGGCUUUUGAUUUUUGGAGAGGUUCCAGAGGUGAAAUCGAGAUCCAGGACAGAACAAGUGGAUAGGUUUCAUCAUGUUUGGCAAUACCGGUAAUACGUCAUUCGGUUUCAACACAGCCUCUCAGAGUAGCCCGUUCGGUCAGACGGGCUUUGGCAAGCCGAUCAACACGACAACGGGCUUCGGAACACCAGCAGCGCCAGUCUUUGGCGCAAAUAACACGUCCUCACUGUUCAGUGCAAAGCCCGCAGGAACGACAACAGGUGGUCUCUUUGGGAGUCCAAUAGCAACCACAGCAUUUAACCAGCCAGCAACAACGCAGUCGUCCUUUGGUGGCUUUGGCACCAGCACAGCCAACACAAGUCUCUUCGGUACCCAACCGACUACGAACACAAGUAUCUUUGGUACAGGAGGAACGACGUCAGCCUUCGGCCAGGCCCAGAAACCCGCAGGUUUUGGCUUUGGCUCGGGCACAGGAACGUCCCUCUUCGGCCAAACUCAACAGCCAGUCCAACAGACGACGCCUUUUGGCCAGAUGAACAACACAGCUAACACCAGCCUCUUCGGCAAUCCCGGGGGCUUCAGGGCUGCCACCACAAGCAGUGGCAUAACAGGCACGGGAAUGGUGAAGUUCAAUCUAGUCACUGGAACCGACACAAUGGUAAAAAACGGUGCAACCCAGAACAUCUCGACCCGCCACCACUGCAUUAUGUGCAUGAAGGAGUACGAGAACAAGUCCCUGGAGGAGCUUCGUCUGGAGGAUUACACAGCUGGAUUAAAGGGUCCAGCGCAACCUGGCCAGACAACUAGCCUCUUUGGUGCCCCCACGCAGACUUCUCCCUUUGGCAACACUGGAGCCAUAACCAGCACUGGAACCACUGGCUUUGGCACUAUGUCCAGUGGUUUUGGCACUCCCAAUCAGUCCACAACAUCUGGCGGUCUCUUUGGCAAGCCUGUUACUGGGUUCGGUCCUGCAACCACCACCAGCGCCUUCGCCUUCAACUCCACCCCCUCCACUGGCCUCUUCGGAACGAACACGGCGGCGAAGCCCUUCGGUGCACCAGCAUCCACCACUCUUUUUUCCAACACCAGUACUAAUCAGCCAGCCACAGGAUUUGGAACUCUCAAUGCCACACAGACCAACAAUUUCGGUGGAUUCAUUACCAGUCCACAGAACCAGAGCAUUGGAUUGUUUAAUCAGAACAAACCAGCAUUUAAUAUCGCACCGGCCACUUCCAACACUGGCUUUGGAUUUGGACAAACCGUACCAGCCAGCACCUCUAAUACACUUUUCGGAACUAAACCCCUUGGUACCGCUGGGUUUGCUGCUAGUACCACUGGGUUUGGAGCCACUCCAGCACCUGCCUUUGGAACUAAUCCAGGAUUUGGAACAACUCCCAAUACAAAUACUUCACUUUUCAAUACACCAUUCAAACCAGCGACUCAGACCAGUGGAUUCUCGUUCGGUGCAACUCCUGCCUCGACGUCAGCACUGGGUACCAAUACAGCUUUGACUCUGGGUGGUACUAGCUCGCUGUUUGGACAGAAUAAACCAGCUGGAGGCCUAUUUGGCAACCCUGCAGGUACAUCAACGUUCAAUAAUCUUGGAACAUUUGGCACCACUGGAGGAUUUGGUACGACUGCCACUAACACUGGACUUGGUAUGAAUCUUCUUGGUGGAGGAAUGGCAAAUCCUGUCCAGCAGAAUCCCUCCUCUGUACCAGUUCAUCAACAGAUUCUAGCGUUGGUGUCAGCACCCUUUGGUGAUUCUCCCCUUCUCAAGAAUCUUCUUCCAGCUUCGGGGAAGACAGCUGAGGUCCUCAAACCAGCAAAUCCUGCAGCAUCCAAAAGCCUGAACGGUUCUCAAUUCAAAGUAUCGACAACUAAUUCCCCCAAAGUGAAAGCCAGAGUGGUAACCCCAGCUCAAUUGUCGAAAAAGUCGUUGUUUGAGGGGCUGGAAGAGGAGGAUCCAACGCUUCUGGAGGCAUUUCAACCGAGAUCCAACGCUAAGAGACUUGUUCUUCGACCCAAACCCCUUGUGAACACCAGUUCGUCAACUCCACAGGACAAUCUCAACACGAGUCAACGGAAUAAUGACAGCAGUCCGCUGGAGGCCCAGGAUACCUCGUCCUGCAGUGUUGAGGUAGAACCUGUUGACAAAGAGAAUUGUCAGAGACGUUUCACCGAUAGAAGAUCGUCGUCGCCCUCUUGGUUGAGGAAGAAAAAACUCAGCAGGAACCUGAAGAUCCGAGAAGAAGAAUUUGAUGGGCAAAGAUCACCUUUCAACUCCUCAGAUAAUCACGAAGAACCCCUGGAGAAUACUGUCUCAGAGUUUCGUACUAAUGAUAAUAUCCAGGCUACGUCAAAGGCUGCAGUUUCAUCACCAAGCACCAGUCUGAACUGCUCCCUAGGGGCUGAAAAGAGUGUUAGUGAAUCGGCUUUGUUCUUCAGCGACUCAAACCGUGACCUGGACGAGAGUGCUCUGUCCCUGUAUCAGUCUGAAUGUUGUGAGUCAAAUUCAGCCAAAGUGAGUCUUCGCCGAGCUGGUUAUUAUACUAUUCCUCCAGUGGAUCAACUCGACGAGUUCGUUCGUGAUGAGAGCUGCAUCGUCCCCAAUUUCACUAUUGGUCGUAAGGGCUAUGGAAACGUGUACUUCCCUGACUCCUUCGACAUCUAUGGCCUGAAUUUCGAUGAGAUCGUUUACUUUCGCCAUAAGGAGGUUGUCAUUUACCCAGAUGACGACAAGAAACCACCAGUGGGACUGGGGCUUAAUAGAAGGGCUCAGGUAACUCUCGAUCGUGUCUGGCCACAGGAUAAAAAUCUCCACGAACCCAUUACAGAUCCUCAUAGACUCAUCGCUAUGAAUUACGAGGCUAAGCUUCGAAGGGUAUCGGAAAAACAUGACAUGAGGUUCUUGGAGUAUCGACCUGAGACUGGCUCUUGGGUAUUCAAAGUCGAUCAUUUCUCCAAGUAUGGGCUGAGUGAUUCUGACGAUGAGGACGAGCUCCCUGCCAACGCUAAUCUGAAGAAGUUGAAGCCCGGAGAGACACCCCAAAAUUUUCUGGUGGCUCACAGGACUGGGGUCAAGAAGAAAUCACCAGGUCCCCUGAAACAGGUGCAACUGGUAAACGGUCAGGGAAAGAAUCAGGGGUAUGGGGAUGUUAUGGAGGUUGGGGAACAUGAGGAGGACCCAGAGGACAGUCGGAAGUCACCAGUGCAGCAGUCUGAGGGGAUCACCAGGGAGAAACAGUCCGCACUGAGUCCAACCUCGAUUUAUGCCAGGCUUGCGGGCACAGACAGCCACAAGCUGCAACUGAUGAAGGCCAGUUUUUUCGAUACUGGUAAUGGAGAUGAUCCCUAUAAUUACACAGCUGAUGGCAUGCUUAAGCCAUUUGAUGAUGAGAAGAAAGAACAGAAGGACGUGUUUCCUCCUAAGAUAACGAAUUUUAUCCAUCAGGACUCAUCACUCUACGGGAAGUCAAUUCAGAACGAGUCUUUCUACAUUGAGAAGCUGAAUGAUACAAUGGGAUUAAUCAGGAGUAAAACGGAAGCAGUCGAGGCAAAAGCUGAGAAGACAGCCGCUACGUUGAUCAAGUAUUUUCCUCCACCAGUUGUCAACCCCGUGACAGUUGUUCUGAAGUUUCGGUGUGAAGUAAUACCCCUAAAGGAAACGAUUAGUAGUAAACUGCGGUUUCAAUGUAUCAGUGACAUUGGGAUCCAAAUGGGUAGAAAAUUCAAGCCUUGCUGGGGCCCAGGACUGACCCUCAUCUCACUGAGCAGUCAGGAGCAGGCGUCGGUGGUGCCACUGCAAAAUAAAUUCAGCCAGAUUGAGAGCUACAUGUCUGGACGAUUGCUUGAUGACAACACAUCGACAAGUAUUGUCCAACGUCUCCAGAUACUCGGGGGUAGCAGGGCAGACGCUGAUUACAUUAAGAUAUUCAAGGAGAGUAUCGAGGGACACCUCUUGAUCCAACUGAACAACUGUGUAAUUGGACAGGAGAGUAAUUGUCCCUGGAUUCGUCCAGGCACGGGAGAAUCAGGCCUCAAUGCCCUCCACCACCACUGCAAUCUGGCCCAGGAGCUGGUGGACCAGUCCAACGAUCACCUGGCAGUUUAUGCUAAUGAUGUCUGGCAACUGUGCGUCGCACUCUGGGGUAAAUUAGCCCACGUAGACCUCGAUUCCAACGUUGAGAGCCACGAGAAUGUCAUGAUUAGACGAGAGGCCUUUGGUGAAUGGCUGAAGGAAGUCGUCGAGACAAUUGUCCAGAAUGAAACGUCAGACACAAAAGAUGAAAGUGAAAAGAUUCUUUCACUUCUCACUGCAAAUAAGCUCGAAGAAGCUUGUGAAUUGGCACGAAAAAGUGGGGAUUACAGCCUAGCACUUCUGAUAUCUCAAUUAGGAGGGGCGGCAUCGGUGCAGGAACUCAUUAAGCAGACGAUUGCCUUGUGGCAAGCCACUGACACGCUCUCCAAUAUUUCCAUGGAGCGCCUCAAGAUCUAUAUGCUGGCAGCUGGAACUCAUCUGAUCAUGUCCAACGACGAGACAAUCAACGUCUGUGAAAAGUUGGACUGGAAGAGAGCCCUUGCAAUUCACCUCUGGUACCUUUCCCCUCCUACAGCCUCCAUCACAGACGUUCUCGAGUUAUUUGAGAGUUCCUUCAAUCCCAGUGAAUCCAACGAACAGAUCUACGCGGCACCGCCACUCCCAGAGUACAAAGAGGAGGAGUUUGAGGCUGAGGUGAUUAGUGGAAAGAAGACGUACGACCUCUGUUAUCAUCUUAUCAAACUAUACUCCACUGGCAAUCACUCUCUCGAGGAGUUAUUGAAUCCCCUGACGCACACGUCAGAUCCUCUGGAUUACAGACUCAGUUGGCUCCUGCAGCAGGUGAUUCUGGGGCUCGGGUAUUCCCACUUGUCGGAGCACGUUGCCACCAUGACUCACACGAAUUUAGCAGCUCAGCUCGAGGCCCAUGACCUCUGGCACUGGGCCAUUUUCGUUGAUCUUCACCUUGACAACGCGGGAAUUAGAAAAAAAGCUGUUCUGGAUUUGCUUUCUCGUCAUGUGCAGAUUGACGAGGACCCAGAGUACAUCGAACGCGAGAAUUUCUUGAAGGAGCAGUUAGAGAUUCCCUCCAUAUGGAUUAACGAGGCCAAAGCUGUGAAGGCCCUUGCUGUCAAGAGGUUUGGAGAGGCUGCCUGGUAUCUCCUGCAGGCUCAGCAGUGGAAUCAAGCUCAUCGCAUCAUCAUUCAGCAUCUGGCUGCUGAUGCUGUCAUUAACGAGAAUUACGCGUAUCUCAGGUCGCUUCUGAUGCCCAUCGUUCCACCAGAGUGCCAUAAUCUUGUUAAUGGGUGGAGCCAUCAGGGACAACUACUCUGGGACUACAUGGAAAUUGCUGGUGAAAUCGAACAAGUGGUGAAGGACAAGGACCUGGGAAACAUUGGGUAUCGUCUCGAACUACUGCAGCCACAGCUCAGCUCUCUGUGCACCAAGAUCAAUCAAUUUCCCUGUAACACUGCUAAACUGACUCUCUGUCAAGCUGAGAUUGCAAAACGCACUUUACAUCUUGCACGGAGUUUAUUACUUAUGCAGCCUAGUGAGGAUCGAUCCACCACGAGAGUUUUGGUACACUUGGUCUCGCAGCUGCCACUUCCAGAAGAUUACGCACAGCAGGAGCUCAGACCUUUGAUAAAUAUGUGUGUUAAUGAAAUUGUGGGACAUUGAGAAAAUAAUUAAUAGCUUGGAGAUUUGGAAUUGGUGUUUUGGUGGAGGGUACAAUAAAUCCCCUUCGAUCUUCGAAAUCUCGAGGUCUUUAAAGUGAAAUUAGAUUUUUUUGAGGAAUUUUUAGAGUUUCACGUUGGUGAUUUGUUUCUUUAUUUUGAAAAUUGUAUAGUUGGAUGGCGCGAUAAUGAUAAUUGCUGAGAAUUUAGUUUGUGAUUUUCAUGCUGUUUUCUCACUCUUAUGUUUCACAGUUCACGACCUCAAUUUUCUCACUUUUACAUAGAUUUGUUCAGAAAUGAAUAGGAAUAAAUCAAUUAAAUAGUUCAUCCAUAAUUUUUCGAUGUUAAUAAUGAACAGAGUGACAAUUCAUGUAAAUAUUGAUAGCUGAAGAAUGAUUUUCAUUUUUUCUACUUAUGACACACUAAAACGGUCUGGCAAGAAGA